UUUUUUCUCAUUUGCAGCUGGAAGCUUUGGUGAGUUACGUUAAUUGCACCUUGGCUCGGGACAGCGAUCUUGACUGCCUCCCGAUUAAACCUCCACAGAGGCUAUACCAAGCGCAAAAAAAUGGCGUACUGUUUUGUAAACUGUUAAACCGCAUCCGAAGAGGAACCGUACCCUGCAUAAAGAUAAAUAAACGAGUAAAGAAUAUACAUCAAGCAUUGGAAAAUCAGAAUCUUGUUAUCCAGGGAGCGCAGCACAUUGGUGUUGAAGUUCAGAACAUUAACGCAGAGGAUUUGUGGAGUGGAAAGGAGUCUGUCGUCUUGGAACUUCUUUGGCAAAUUAUCAAGGUUGGUUUGCUGUCUCACGUAAAUGUCGAAGAACAUCCGAACUUAACGAUAUUGCGCAAAUCCAGUGAAGACUGGUCCGUGUUUGUCAAGCUUUCUCCAGAAGAACUGAUCAUAAGAUGGGUAAAUCAUCAUCUAAGGCACACAAAUUACCGAGGCCCAGAGAUGAGAGACUUUGACAGCAGUUUAAAGGACUCUGUAAUAUACUGUCAUCUUCUAAACCAGUUGGCUCCAGAAAGAUGUACGCUUUCUCCUUUGGAUGAAGAAGACUUGUUCAUAAGAGCAAAGAAAGUUCUUACUGCGGCAGAGCUAAUAGGCUGUAGGAAGUACCUAACCCCCCACGAACUUGUCAAGGGAAAUCCACGGUUAAACCUAGCUUUCAUGGCAAACUUAUUUCAUACCAUACCAGGGCUGGAUUAUGCUGUUACAGAUAUGGACACUGUUAGGCUUACAGAGGAACUCAACACCGCUCUUAGCAAAUGUCGAUUUGCCGAAGAAGAACGCAAUGUCCUGCUGCAAGUGAGAAAAGAGAUGUCAGAGGAAUUUAAAGACGUUCGCAGGAAGUUAGAAGAGAGUCUAAGAGAGAUGGAGAUUCUUAAAAGGAAAGCUUUGAGACUGGAGGACGAAAACAAACAUCUCACUGGUUGUGAAGAGACGCUGCGACUGUUAAAAGCAGAGAACUUACUGCUUAGAAGUCAACUAGCUGACAUGAAAGCGAUGGAAACUGAUUCUCAAGCGACAAUACAAAAUCAAGAGAUAACAAUAAACAGCUUGAAGAAGGAGAAGGAGAUACUGGAAAAAGAAUACGCUGAGAAAGUUAAUGAACUUGAAAACAAACUCUCGGCAACUUCAAGGAAACAAACAACCAUGGUUCUUCAAAAAGAGGCUAUCACGCAUGAGCGAGACCUUUUAAAACGGAAGCAUGACAAAUGUGAAGCGGAGCUCAGUCGACUUCAAACUCAGGUUGAUCGUCGUCAGCGACAUGUUCAACAACUUCGUCAACUUUUCAAAUAUUUUACUACAGACAAGAGGCUUGCAGAAACACUUUAUGGGAAAUUAGAUGCAAACUCUUUGCAAAACGCUAAUGGUAAAAACAAAGUGAUCAAAUUUUGUCAGUGUGGAGGUCCAUCCUUAGAAGAAACAACACCACAAGUGUUUCUGUUGAAAGAUAAUUUUUUGUUUAUUUUCAACAGCGAAAAGGAUGAAGAACCUCAAGACGUGCUCCGGCUUGAUCAUGCGUCAGUUAAUAAAGAGAAGAGCGGAGUUUUACAACUGAAAUUCACACAGAGAGAGGUGUCCUAUUACAUAAGCGUUUCACCCACAUCACAGCUCAGAGAGUUACAGCAGAAACUUGAGGUAUCCGCUGACUGGUGGACUGAAAGACAAAGGACUUCACCUUGUUCCAGAUUCAAAGACGUCGUUCAAACGAACAUGUUGACUAGCGCUAACAACAGGAGAAAACUGAACCUCAAAUCCCCUUCACUCAUAACAGCCGACGUAUGAUCAUUCUCAUCUCCAUAGCCCUUUUCGCUUCUCAUAGCCGGCGGGGCCUCGCAAGGGACACAAAGGGUCCGUCGUAUCGUGUCAAGGCACCACCGGCGAAGGGAAGCGAAAAGGGCUUUGGGGACGAGAAUGUUCGUUUUCUCUUGUCAAGGCCCCGCGGGUUAAAAGAAGUGAAAAGGGUUAUGGAACGAAAAUGACGAGUGAUGCACCUGAGUCGAUCCCAGGUUUUCUGGGAAAGAAGUUGGCAAAACCGCAUAUGCUGCAUUAGGUAGUGUUUAUCUGAACUCUAAUGGUAUGAUGCGAUCCAUGCUCAAAAUACAUCCUGCCUUUCCACUGUGUCCAAAAAAACCUUUCGUCCUAAGUUGUGCUGUGUGAUUCCUUUUCUUUGUUUCGAUUUGUUCUAUAGCCUUAGAAAUACCACUUUUCGCUAGCUUGCGGGAAGACUGCUCAAUCCCCGAACUUUUUAAUAACGAAACCAGUUUAAAGUUUGUCAUUACAUUACAGGGUUUGUUUGUCCGGAAAAGAAAAAAAAUUGGCACCUUGGAUGCAAGCAACAUAAUUACGGUGUAACAAUUGUUACGUGAAGUACUUUUCCUUACAACACCUAAAUCCAAAUAAACAGAAGGAAAUUUUGCCCAACUAUUUUCAGGGACCAUUACUGGAAUGACACUCCAUUGUUUUUGCAUGAAGUUUAAACACCCCCUAGCUAAAAAGCCAACUAGAAAACUGUUUUAAAAAGCACUUACAAAAAUUCCUAUUUACCUGAAAGUUUUUGAAGGCCUUUCCCUUUGAGCCGCAACGUUACAAAGAACGUGUUCUUAAGUAGGCAUGUGAAAGGGCUGCUUUCUUCGAUAAAAGGCAUACGAAAGGG